AUGAGUGACUGGUGGACUGAUUUCGCCGACAACCUUGCUACAGACCUUGCUCCCCUUGUUGCUCUCUUUGGAGAAGCCCCUACCAAGCAAUACCUCAGCGAGUGUUUAUAUCCAACGGACAUUGUCAUAUUCGCGACGGCGCCGCUUGGUAUCAUUACCACGAUUGUAUCCGCGAUCCGUGUCUACGGCACCCCGUCCCUCAGAGCUUUUAUUGGACGUGCACAGGAAGGGGUUGGCACGGCCGAAGCCGAACUAUGCUCAUCUACUAGCCGUGAUGUCUGCGAAUUGUACAACAAUGGAGGCUUCACUCGUGUUUUUGGCCGCCCCAAGCUCCUAGAAAUAGUCCACGACGAAGAAGCUACAGAGAGUGACUUUUAUCACAAAAGCCCAGAGGCACCGCCAAGCGCCGGAAUCUAUUCAUUCGAAGAGUAUCUCAAGACGUCCCGAAAUGAGUGGCGAGAGCUGAAAAAGUCUUUCGAGGACGAGGAACGUCUUUCUUCUCUAUUUAACAGCGGAGACGCUGGGUCGUCGGAUUCUAGUACAUCUCCUUCGAAAUUCGCUCCAAAUCCGAAUCUAUCUCUAAAUGUUGGAUUAAAGCAACGAAAACGACAUUGGUACAUUGUAGCAUCUGUAUUUGGAAUUAUUCUACAGUCCGGUGUUCUUGUAUGGGCCGCCAUUGCGAGAUACUACUACAAAUUCUUGAGGGACGACUUGCAAGACGUCUACGCGGUCCCAAUGACCUUCCUCGGAACUAUCCUGCUAUGUACUGGAAUAGCGCUUUGCGCCUGCUUAGUUGAAAAAGUCACUAAGGAGCGGGUGUUUGAAAGGGAGUUUCCUAGUGCAUCUCGAAUAUACUGGGUUCAGCCUGGUACUCAAUUUGUAGGCGAUCAGGCCUUCGACUCGUUCGCAUAUACUCAUCGCAAAGGCAAACUUUCCAAGUACAUAACGUCUUGGAAAGAGAAGAGAAAAGAGCCCCAGACGGCCCUGGUAUGGGCUGCUAUUAGCACCACGUCAGCUGGCUUUGUAUUACAGUUUUUAGGCCUGAGAGCAUGCCAUUCAUCUGUAGCAGUGGCUCAGUUGGGUGCCACUCUGGUAAUGACUGCUGUACGAUCAUCUCUCCGGACAAAGCGCUUAAAAGAGAGUGAAGUUUUCUUGGCAGAUCGUCCAGAAUUUUAUGAGGGACAUGAACUGGACUGGCUCUCCCUAAACAUUGGAAAUCUAAGCCGCCAUGGCCGUUUUGGAUGGGCAAUUUCUAUGGCAAGAUAUCACCGCCAAGGGAAGCUCUCCAAAGAAAGCCGCAAGCUCUUUGACGAGAACUGGGUACCGCAAACCUCAUCCUCUGUUUACCAACUGGAAAAAACGCCAAUGAUCGGCAAAAAUGCUACGUUUGAGAUCAUGCUAGUUGCUGUUCGAAGUAUCGCACGAUCCUUAGCAAGGGCUAUCGAAGACACCGCCAAAAUUCUCUUUACCACCGAUGUCGUCUUUGAGCAUGGAUGGAAUGAAGCUUUUACUCUCCUCUGGGCCGUCCAAUGUUCACCUGACAACGCAAGACCGGAUAUAGAUUUCAAAAUCGAAAGCUCACCAUGGAGUAGUGUUAUUGGGACAAGAGAGAAUGACAGAAACAUCUACCUCUCACUCAGACGGAAGAUUGACUUAGAUGGCAACUCUGAGGGCAAAUGGCGAGCUGACGAAUAUGAACUAGAAGCAGUCCUUGGGAUAUGGCUUUGGUCUCUCAAGGAGGCUGGCAUAAAUGGACCCCUGCAAGCCCCGCUCAGACGCAUUAUUUCUGCUAAAUCAAAUCCGCGAUAUAAUGCCAACGUAAUCUUGGAUUUUGAACUCUGGCGUGCAGGUGGAGGCUUUAACAUCAUUGAGACAAGACAGCCAACUCUCAAUUCCAAUGAUCUCCGCCUAUUUGGCUGGCAGAACGUUUCUGCCGAUGUACUGGAAGUUGGCGAUUUCACAAUGUUGGAGGUCCCCGCGCUGACCAAAUCCCUUCCAAUCAUGUGUGCUCAGGAGAUUUAUUCACUUUUCUUUGCAUCAAUGGCGAGGAUUAUCAGGAGCAUUGGUGGAAAAACGACUGUUCGCGACGCUAAGCGCUUCGGUCUUACCAAUACCAACAUCUGUCGGAUUCAUGAUGCUUUCGUUAAUAGUGGUCUAGGCCCAGUGGAAGACGCCUUUACAUGCAUAAUUCCCGCACUCAGACUCGAGGGAAAACUUCCACUCGGGAUAGAGAUCCUCUCAGCUGCUAGAAAAGCCGCGGAAUCACAUGUUCGUGAUGGUAAAUGGGUCGAAGCAGAGCAACUUCUACUAUGGGCACUUCCUCAUACUUUGCAACCAGAGACAAGUUCGAGCUCGGAGGAGCAUGAAAUUAGGCAAACUGAAUUGCUUAACCACCGACGGUUACUGGCCUUGGCAUUAUGUGAAUGCUACCGCCAGGCUGCUUUUCGCGAUGCAAAACUAUAUUUUGCAGCAAACGGCAUUCUCAAAAUCCUCAAUGACCCUAUAUUUGAGACUCAAAGGCAUGUCCCACUUGCUACGGAAGGGGAUUGUCGACUCACUCUUGUUGGCGCUGUGAGGUGCUAUGGCCACGUUGUUCUUCGUUACUUACAGGACUUAGAUGAUGAGGGGACAGUGAAAGAACUAGAAGCAGAAUUGCGUAAUAGUGAGGGUUUCGAUUCCAGCCAAUCCGACUCGGUUAGAACCGAUUUGCGGGGUUCACUCGAGAUAUCCCUAUCUCGCAUUAUUGACUCUGGUGACCUAAGCUCCACAUUAUACUAUCUAGAACUGAGCCCUAUGAUGACAGAUGCUAAAGAACACAGAUCAGCACUUAUCUCCGCCGUGAGGCAGGGCUGGUAUGUUAUUGUUAAGAACCUCGUUGAGCGUGGGGCCGCCUUUGAAAGAAGGGACAGACUCAACCGCACCGCGAUAUCAUAUUCUGCCAAAAACGGAGAUUUCAUCACUUUCGACUAUCUUCUAGAGAAAGGGGCUAUUCCAAUUUUCAAGGAUAAUAAAGGUCGCACUCCUCUUUCUUAUGCUGCAGGAUGUGGAAACCUGGCUAUUGCUGGAAAGCUGCUCGCAGAUGCACGGGUCGAUCCGGAUGUUGGAGAUGAGAAUGGAUUGACGCCAUUACAAUGGGCAUCAAUUAAUGGCCACCAAAAGAUGGCUGAGCUGUUGCUGGAAAAGGAAGGAGUCAACGUAAAUUCAAUGGACAACAAAGGACGGACGGCGCUCUCUUACGCAGCAGAACUUGGGCACGAUGAAGUUGUUCAGCUGCUGCUGGCAACGAAUGAGAUAGAUGUGCACCUGAAGGAUGAAUGCGGAAGAACAGCACUGUCCUGGGCAUCACUAAGUGGACGGCGGAAGGCGGUUGAAUUACUCCUCGAAAUGGAAGGCUGGGACAUGGACGCUGAAGACAAGGGUGGAGACACUCCCCUGUCCCACGCUGUUCGUCACGGAAGGGAGAUGGUGGUGGAACUAUUCCUUGACAAUGUUUAUGUGAACAGGACCUGGACAGCCGCGAAUGGCAGGAACCUAUUGUCUUUUGCAGCAGGCAAUGGACAUGAGGCAAUUGUUAAACUGCUAUUGGCUACGACAUUGGAUGUCAAUGUAAAGGACAAUGACGGGCUGACACCGCUAAACUGGGCGAUAAAGGAAGGCCAUGGACGGGUGGCUGAACUUCUGCGUACAGAAGAGGACCGGUGGUUGGCUUUGAUGGACGCCUCUUGCUUCACUGUGCAUUCUGGCCCCUAUUAG